AUGAGUAAAGCUUCCGAAAAGUGCUGUCAAGAAAUUGAACUUUCAACUGAAUCAACCGAGAUUUCCACAGCUUCUUCUGAAGAGGAAGACUGUUAUUUCGAGAGCACAAAAAUUUCAGAAGAUAACAAAGAGCCAAACUCAUUUCGAGUCUUUUUGAGAGCAAUUUUGUUCAGAAUGGUGAUAAAGCAAAUCAUGAAGGGGAGACGAGGCAAUUUGACACUUGAUGACACGAACCCCGUUCCAAAAAAUCAGAACAUUGAAAAGGAAAUUGACUACUAUAAAAGUGCUUGGAAAACCGAGAGUGAAAAAUCGAAGCCAUCCAUAUGGAAAGUCAUUUUUAAACGCGAAUGGAAAAAUUUUCUUUUUAUGUAUAUAAUGAUUGCCAUAGCAAUUUAUUUUCAAUUGCAUUUCCUUUAG